AUGAGCAUGGCCAAGGAAUGGCGGCAGAAGAAGGAGCAAAACUCCGGCUCUCACUUCGCCCCUUCGUACCCUUCUCCUUGCCAACCUGAUCAAGGAGCUCCUUCAAAGAUUACAGACUAUUUCAGCAACCCCCGAAGGUCGCAAGUCGGUGCAGACAGCGGGCUGGAUGGACGACAACGGAGAUUGGUACUACGUGAAAUGGUGCCACACAACGAAGCAGUUGCUGACGGACAAAUCCCGGCCAGCCCUACAACACACGGAGGCGGUCCGCCUACUCAACAUGCUGCACUCCAACAUGAGAGGCGAGAUAAUACAGAACUUCCACAGCACCCAGACGAUGCAGAGUCUGGAGGAGCAGGGGGCCACAUCAGCAGCCUUCAAGCUGGAAGUCAGUCUACGAGGGCAGGAUGCACAGGAAGUGCACGAAGCCCUGAUCCGAUUCGUCAACAACUCCGCGACGGGAUUGAUCGGCAUGUCUCUCCGGAGAGAGCGUCGGCAGCGAGGACCAAUGGUGCAGCAGCUGGCCAAGCUGACUUAUGGCAGCUAGGGGGAUCCACAGCCCGUGACGCGAACCCGGUCCCUCGGGCCGGCGAUGCGUUCAUAGGGCCUACACCUCAGCAUCAGCCGCCUCUCUUUCGUCUGCUUAAUCCAGGUAAUCAGUGUUACUUGAAUGCUGCAGUGUACAGCCUCUGGCUUGCCGCACGUGCUGCACCGGCCUCCGUGACCCUGCCUCAGGUGUUGAGGGUUAACAAGACUGGGUGCUUUCGGGCGCGUCAGCUUCUGGGGUUCCAUCUUCUUGCCUGGCCACAGCCCGAGCGACAGCAUGACAUAGCCGAGCUUCUGGCGCAUCUGCUGCCAAAACUGGCAGCCCAACUGGCCACAGGCGGGGUUGAAGCCAGACGGCUGCUGUCAGCAGGCUUGCAGAGGACGCUUGACACGCCAAUCACUCAGUGCAUUGUGCUUCCUGCUCCGCCGCGCCACACGGGUGACCUGCAGGAUUUACUUCUUUUCUGGCAUCGCCAAGACGCGAUGCAUGCACUCGACGCACUGUACCCAUGGCUGUACCUUCAGCUGCCGAGGUUUGAGUGGGCGGGCCACCGAGCCCAUAAAACCACCCAAGCCUAUCACUUCGCUGACACGCUGCAGGUACCUGUGUAUCAGAAUGCACAUGACCUCGAAGUGCGGUGGGUGCCUUACCGAACCUGCUGCUAUGUGCAACAUCAUGGAGCUGCCCCAAACUCAGGCCAUUACACAGUGAUUCAGGCCAAUCCGAGCCAACCGUGGCUGCUAGACGAUGCAAAAGAUCCGCGGCCCUUAAAUGCACACAUGUAUGAUCAUGCUUGUCGCAACAUGUAUGUAGUGGUUCUCACUCUUGGUGGUACCAAAGCCCUCUACAGCUCUACCGAACCUUCAUCUGAAAUGGACUGGCAUGCAGCGCAGCUGUUCUUACUCGAGUACCAGCUGCGCCAGAUCGCGGCGGACAUGGCGCUCAUCGAAGUGAAGGUCUCCGAUCGAAGUCCCCAGUGGCUCGUCCGAGGAGCCGGAGGCGGGAUGCAGAUUUUCUUCCCUGCCAACGUGACCGGUCGGCCAUGGGAGGUCUCAAAGUGGGCGAACCAUGCUGUUUUCGGGUUCAGGCGGACCACUGGAUCUCAUGGGGUUCUGGAGGAGGGCAUGGCUGCAACCCGAGUGGAGCCGCUGCUUUGGGUUGUGCAAAUUCGCCCUCAGCGGUGCCCGAUGCUGCGCAUCGAUACCGAGGCCCACAUCAUCAUGACAUGCAGCCAGCUGGCCAAAGGUUUGGAGCUGCGCUGCGAGGGCCCGGGCCGGCACCCUUCACACAGUCUUCGUUCUCUGCGCCCGCAGUGGACGCCGGUAUUCCAGGCACGCGCUGCCCUACAGCGUUGGCUUGCUGGCACCGGCCCUCGCAGAGCGCUGGGUGCAGCUGGAGGCCGAUGCCGCAACGGAGGACUUCUUGGCCUUUUGCCUGGAGAGGGUGCGCUCGCACGGGUGCUGUGCUGGUGCCUCUCCAAGACGGAUGUUAACGCACUCCUGGGCCGCGGUGAGAUGUUUGUGCUCAGUGCUACCCAGGCGCUCCGGCUCUUCCCAGAGCGCCCUGGUGGCUUGCUGCUCGAUGUAGGAGCCGGGACCGGGUCAUGUACGAUGGAGCUCGCGCAGCUGUUCGAUCAUGUGUUGACGACCGAAGUGAGUCGUCCUAUGGUGGCCCAGCUGCGCCGCCGUGGUCUCCCAGUUCUCGAGGGAAGCCUGUCGGGUCUAGAGGCCAUGGCAGCGGAGGUAGAGAUCCCACUCGGACCGGGUGGCACUUUUGACUGCAUUGCCCUCAUGAAUGUCUUGGACCGCUGCAGCCGACCACGGUCCUUGCUGCAGGAGCUGCGGCGCAGGCUCACACCUCCUGGAAGGCUCCUCAUUGCCGUGGUCCUUCCCUUCCGCCCUUUCGUAGAGCACGGCAUCUUCCGGUUGCAGCCAGAGGAGAUGCGACGUUCGAGGCUGCCGCGCAGGAGCUUUGGAGCAAGGUGCUCGCGCCCCUGGGCUUCCACCUCGAGGCCUUCGCACGCGUUCCAUACCUUUGCGAGGGGGAUCUGGCAGCCAACGUGUACUCGUUGGACGAUGCUGUUUUCCUUCUCAGACGAGCCGGCGACCCUUGAGCGACUGCAAGCUGGCCAAGCCGGCUACUUCUCAUCGGCGACGAGGAGAUAG